CUCUUGACGUUAACAAAGCAUUUUGUUGUAACAGAUAAUAAUUAUUUAUUAUAUAAUUUCUAGCAAUGUUGUUUAUUUAUUGAAAAGUAAAAUUAAAAGAUAUAUAGUAAAUUCAAUUGCUAAUUGCUAUUAGUAUCUUAUAUUUUUUCUACAAUGUCGCGUAUACCAGCUGUGCAUUUAAAAAUGCCUUCUGGAGUCAAUCAAACAGGGACCGUUAUAUUUUUCCAUGGCUCUGGUGGCACUGGUGACUUGAUGAAGCAAUGGGUGGACUUAAUGGUUAAAAACUUUUCAUUUUCUCAAAUAAAAAUAAUAUAUCCUACAGCUCCAUUACAACCAUAUACACCAGCAGCUGGUGAAAUGAGAAAUGUUUGGUUUGAUCGUAUAGAUAUUAACCAAAAAGUUCCUGAAAAUUUAUCUUCACUAGCACAAAUAGAAACAGAAGUUAAAAAUUUAAUCAAUACAGAAGUUUCAAGUGGUAUUCCAGUAAAUCGGAUUAUAGUAGGUGGAUUCUCAAUGGGUGGUGCUUUAGCACUGCACACAGCAUAUAGAUGGGAGCCUAACUUAGCAGCAGCAUUCGCCUUUAGUUCUUUCUUAAAUGAUAAUUCUAUUGUUUAUAAACAACUUAAGGAUAGUGGUGGAAAAGUGCCUCCAUUACUACAUAUCCAUGGAAACAGUGAUGAUCUUGUUGAUUUAUCUUGGGGGAAAACUACUUUUGAACACUUAAAGACACUAGGUGUCCAAGGAGAAUUUCAUACUAUUCAUAGGCUGGGACAUUCUAUAAACAAAACUGGACUAAAUCUCAUAUAUUCAUGGAUACAAAAGCAUCUGCCUGAAAUAUAAAUGUUCUUAAAUUGCU